UGAGAGCGAGACGAAGAAGGCGCGUGGGUGACUCCGCCUCCCUCCUUCAGAGAAGACACCAGCGUGGAAAGCAGGAGAAGGAAGAAAGAAAGGCGACACUAAACCUUGAAUAAUUUUCCCCUUUUUAAUCAUUUUAACCGGCCUGCGGCCAUUGGCGACUUUGUUCGUGCGGGCCCGGAAGUAGGACUUGUGAAGAUGCGCCCCCGGAGGCAGUAAAGCGCCGCGAGCAGUGUUGUGUUUACAUCGUUCAGUGGAGCCCAGGACACGCAACACAUGCCAGGGAACCCACUUUGCGUUUAGCCACGGUUGCGCCGACUUGGGAGUGGCAGCAACAUUCUUUCAACUUGUUUUUUUUUUUGGAAGAGGAGUCCCAGCUGUCCCACAUGGAGCCCAACCAGGGCGAGAAGGACAAGCGCUACGCCCUCACCUACGUCGGCUGGUCGACGCUGGGUCGCCGCACCACGCUGCCCAUGCUCCCGUGGCUGGUGGCGGAGAUCCGGCGGAGGAGCGAAAGGGGCGACUGCGGCCCCGCCAUGCAGCCCCGGGAGGUGCAGCUGCUGUUGCACAGCCCCUUGCUCCGCUGCGUGCCCUGCUCCUCCUCCUCCUCGUCCUCCAACAAUUACUCGGUGUUCAUCUUCGAGCAUAAGGCGCAGCACAUCUCCCGCUUCCUGCACAACAGCAACGACCUCACCUACUUCGCCUACCUGCUGAGGGCCCACCCCGACAACCCCGAAGCCGAGAUGUCCUGUCACGUGUUCAAGGCCGGAGACCCCAACCUGGUGCCUGAGGUGAUCAGCAGCAUUCGCCAAGUGUCCAAAUCAGCCCUAAAGGAAGAGGCCAAACCAAAACAGGAAGCCGAAGAGGCCUUCUACAACUCUCAGAAGUUUGAAGUGCUCUACUGUGGCAAGGUGACGGUGGGGCACAAGAAGGCGCCCUCCACCCUCAUUGACGACUGCGUGGAAAAGUUCCACCAGCAUGAGGUUAAGCGCAAACGUCUUCUUAAUGGCCAGAAAGGCUCCGUAGACAAAGUCCCUGUGGAGUUCACCAUUGGUGGGGAGGUACAUCCACUCUCGUCGACUUUGAAUGAGAAGACCGAGGAGCCAGAAGUUCUUGAAGGCGACGACUUGUUGGGCCUGUCCACCAGCGCCAGUCAGAACAGCCUGAGAGGAACGUUACCCGAGUGCAUCCUGGAAGAUUCAGGCUUUCAGGAACCGCAGGAGUUUCGCACGCGCUGCAGCAGCAUGGCUGGAGGUCUGCAGAGGAAGCCCGGCGAAGGGCCCGCCGCUAAGGACCCCGCACGCCGCAGACACGCCAGCGCUCCGAACCACGUUCAGCCAUCCGAUUCGGACAAAAACCGAACCAUGCUCUUCCAGGUUGGCCGUUUUGAAGUCAACCUCAUCAGUCCAGACAGCAAGACAGUGGUGCUGGAAAAGAACUUCAAAGAUAUUUCAUCUUGUUGUCAAGGUAUCAAGCAAACGGAUCAUUUUGGAUUCAUCUGUCGCGACCUGUCAGAAUCUGGCCCCAGCCAGUAUGUGUGCUUCGUCUUCCAGUGUGCCAGCGAAUCCCUGGUGGAAGAGGUGAUGCUGACCCUGAAGCAGGCCUUCAGCACAGCAGCCACCUUGCAGAGCAGCAAGACUCAGAUCCAGUUAUGCGAGGCCUGCCCCAUGCACGACUUGCACAAGCUCUGCGAGCGCAUUGAAGGCCUCUACCCGCCACGAGCAAAGGUGGCCAUCCAGAAGUAUGUCUCCCAACUGGCUGACAAUGAGCAAGUGGACAUCUUCGAGCGACUUCAGAGACUGAAGCCUGGUUCAGACCAAGAGGAGAACGAACUGGUCAUUCUUCAUCUCAGACAGCUUAGUGAAAGCAAGCAGAAGACGCACCUCCAUAUUGGAGAGGUCCCCCAGAACGCGGCAAACAACGCGUCGGCGGGGGACGCCGGAUCCACAGGCAGCCGCUUCAAAUUGGACAUCCUUAAAAGUAAAGCUCGCUCGUCCCUCACCACCUCCCUGGAGAACAUCCUGGCCAGGGGGGCCAGCCGGAUGCGAGGCCGUUUGGGAAGCAUGGGAAGCAUGAGCAGCUUUGAAAGACAGGAUGAGGAAUCGACGGGUCUGUCGCCGCCGGCGUCCCCGCCUCCUUUCCCAGACGACGACCCGGAAGCCGGCUUGCAGUUCCGUCGGCGCGCUCACACCUUCAGCCAUCCGCCCGUGAAGAAGCGCAUCUCCUUUGAAGGCCAAGGGAAGCCGGCGCCGCUACGCCGGCAGCAGUCUGUCACGCAGGAAGCUCUGCAAAGCAGUCCCGUGGCCGUGUCGAGAACGCGCAGCGUGUCGGAGAGCCAGUCCUUCAGCCUCCCCUCCUCCUUCUCCGCUCCCACUUUCCUGAAAAGCUUUUACCAGGGCUCGCUGGGCUCCCUCAGCUCGCUGACAGACAGCGGGAGCCUCAGGAGCAUUAAUGGCGAAGGCAGGAAGAGGACGCUGUCCGGCUGCAGCAACGACUCCUUGAGCGGCGCUUUGACCCCGAGCCCCCGCAGGGUCUCCUGGAGGCAGAAGAUCUUCCUGAGGGUCGCCUCGCCCAUGAACAAGGCCUCCAUGCACGAUUCAGACCAAUCAGACGCAAGGGAGCUGCUGCCGCUCUCGCCUCACCCUUCGCACUCAAACGAAGACCCCAUGGGUCGUCGCCCCACGGCGGGAGAGCGUCCAAAGAGGACGCCGGCGGACUACAGGGCCUUGUGGAAGACGGCCAUUCGCCAGCAGAUCUUGCUGCUGCGCAUGGAGAAGGAGAACCAGAGACUGGAGGCGAGCAGGGAUGAGCUGCACAUCCGCAAGAUGAAGCUGAGCUACCAGGAAGUGGGCCCAGAAUCCAAAGAGGCGCUGUGGGAAAAAAAACUGACGACGCCGGGAAGAACCACAGUCCUGCAGGACAAGGACCAGCUCUAUCGUGCACUCUGCCAAGGUGUUCCCAAAAGCCGCCGUGGGGAGGUGUGGUUGUUACUCUGCCAUCAGCACCGCCUGUGUCACAGACUUCCCCAGCGCCAACACUCCCCCGACACCCCCUACAGGGACCUGCUGAAGCAGCUGACCGCCCAGCAGCACGCCAUUCUGGUGGAUUUAGGCCGGACCUUCCCCUCCCACGAGUACUUCUCAGCCCAGCUGGGUGCGGGACAACUGUCCCUUUAUAACCUGCUGAAAGCCUACUCUCUGCUGGACACUGAGGUGGGUUACUGUCAGGGUGUCAGCUUCGUGGCGGGCGUGUUGCUGCUGCACAUGAGCGAGGAGCAGGCCUUCGACGCGCUCAAGUUCCUCAUGUACGACCUCGGCAUCAGACGCCAGUACAAGCCUGACAUGGUCUCUCUGCAGAUCCAGAUGUACCAGCUCUCCAGGCUGCUGCACGACUACCACCGGGACUUGUACAACCACCUGGAGGAGUACGAGAUCUGCCCCAGCCUGUACGCGGCGCCCUGGUUCCUCACGCUCUUCGCCUCGCAGUUUCCCCUCGGCUUCGUGUCCCGCAUCUUCGACUUCCUGUUCAUCCACGGCCCUGAGGUGAUCUUCAAAGUGGCCCUCUGUCUCCUGAGCAGCCACCAGGGGGAGAUAGUGGAGUGUGAUAGCUUCGAGAGCAUUGUGGACUACCUGAAGACCACGCUUCCCACGCUCACGCACGCGCAAAUGGAGCAGACCAUCGCCAAGGUGAUGGAGAUGGAUAUCUCCAAGCAGCUCCACACGUACGAGGUGGAGUAUCACGUGCUGCAGGACGAGAUGCUGGAAAGCGCCACGCCGCAGGCCGACGACUCGGACCGCUUGGAGAAGCUGGAGAAAACCAACGCACAGCUGAAGAAGCAGAACAUGGAUCUGCUGGAAAAACUUCAGGCGGCCCGGCAGAAGAUCCAAACCCUGGAGACCAACGUGGACAACUUCCUGUCUCGCGAGAGCAAAAUGAAGCACGUGAUCCGCUCGCUGGAGCAGGAGAGGGCGUCCCACCAGAGGACCAUCGAGCGCAUGCGCUCCUGCCUCCCCCCCGACGCCCUGACAGAUGUGGAGAUGACCCACAUCAGAGCGGGACCCAACGGGAAAGCCAAAGCCGGCGCCAAGAAGCCGUGAUGAGUUCAAAGCCGGGCGGACAGUAGGAAUCCUCACUACACUCGCAGGGCUCAUUAUUGCACUUAAAAGUACAGUGGAACCUCUAAGGCCAAAUCAGAAAUUGUGGAAAUAAUCUGUUCCAGGGUCAAACUGGGCCCGCCAUAAAACCUUUUAUUCAUUAUGCAGGGAUUGUUUUUGUGUCAAAACAAAACGUAGGGUCCAUUUUGUACCUUUUGCCCGUUGUUGGUGCUUUUAAUACAGAAUGGGCAAAAAUGACCGCCUAUAGUCGAUAUUGUUCUAACGAUCUCAACUUUAAAAACACAGAAAAUGCAACAUUUCACCGCUUUUGCCUUCUUCCACAGACCCUAGCAACUUUCUGCUGGCCUUUUCCGCACAGGUGUUUUUCCGCCCUGGUGCUACCUUUUUAGCUGCUCAAUUGCCGGAGCCAUUUUGUACCUUUCGCAUGUCAUGGUGCCUUUCGUACAGAACGGUCACAUGAAGGCAAAUUGCAUCUUUUUUCUUUUUUUAAUCAGUCAAAGUGGCAAGCAAGUGCAAAAAGAAGUUAACUCUUUUUAAAUGAAAUAAAUGUAGCAAAAACAACAACAUAACAAAAGAUAUGUGGCGCUAGCUGGGCUUUGGACAUAUUGGUAUUUUUUUCCCCCAACUCUAAUCGGGUUUCCAACAGUACAGUACAGCUCGGUUGGUAGAGUGGCCGUGCCAGCAACUUGAGGGUUCCGGGUUCGAUCCUCGCUCCCGCCAUCCUAGUCACUGCCGUGGGCAAGACACUUUACCCACCUGCUCCCGGUGCCACCCACACUGGUUUAAAUGGAACUUAGAUAUUGGGUUUCACUAUGUAAAGUGCUUUGAGUCACUUUGAUGUCUCCAAAGUUCCAAAAAAUAGUCGAAAAAAAAGGAAAAUAACAGAGCUGUUGAAAAUGAAAAUGGCGGCUGUAUUACCUCGGAGACGUCACGUUCUGACGUCAUCACCACAUGAGUGAUAAACAGAAAGGCGUUUAAUUCGCCAAAAUUCACCCAUUUAGAGUUUGGAAAUCGGUUAAAAAAUAUAUGGUCUUUUUUCUGCACCAUCAAAGUAUAUAUUGACGCUUACAUUGGUCUGCUGAUAAUGUUCCCCUUUAAGACUGUGUUAUAUUGUUCAAUUAAGGGGACUAGCCUGCGUGCUAUUUUCUGCUCAGCUAUUGCGUAGCUGCGAGUUAUUAGUUCAGCUUUUUCAAAUGACUAUGGUGGAGAUACAAGAAAAGACCGAUUUUGCGUGUUAAACAGCUUUCUUUGCACAACUAAGUCGGCUGCAGGGCUGCUUGUAUCGGAGCUGAUAUCAUUCCGGUACUUGUUUUUUUUGCUGAUAUUACUGAUACCGAUUGGACGUCCUUAUUCUUAUUUAUCAUACAAGUGUUAAAGAAGUUAACCACCAAAUACAACAGAUGGAGCUUUGAAACAUUCUCAAAUGAAAAACAUUUUUGGGGAGUGGCUGAAAAAAUGCUUUCCUGACGUCUGGAAUGAUUUGACUUGUUGUUAUAGACAAAAGCCAAAGAUAAAGCAAACGUUAGGUUGAGUUUAGAGCUAGCUGGAAAAAAAAGAAUUCUAUUGACGUUGCAAAAAGGCACAAAAAUCCAAAGAAAAAGCCGACAUUAUUUGUCAGGCUGGGUAGAACUAGUGACGUUUUAAGUAUGUCGUCCAAAGAAAAUCUUUCAUCGUUCGAUUGCUUUUGUGAAGUUGUGUCGGAUUUUGUUUGACUUUAGAAGUUCCACUGUAACUUUUUUUUUCUAGCAGAAUGUUCCUCAGCUGCCGAAAGUGACAAUCCACUUUGCCCCCCGCUGGCCAAACUGUGAACUGCCAUACCAACAUCGGCCAUUCGGCUUUUUUUUUUUUAAGUGACUUGUCGCAAACGCUAACUGAAAGUUUCAGCGUUAUCAGACCGCCAGCUUGUCUCCUCCUGAGGAGGAAGUGUGUCUUUGCGAAAGCCCAGACAGGAUGUGAGGUCGUCUGCCUGGUUGGCUUCCUGUGUGACUGACCGCAGUGUCGCCUGAAGACACACCACUCUAGUCGCUCCUUUUUCUCAAGCUCAAUCGGCAAUAAAAGAACUUGAAAGCGGUCGUGGGGUGAAAUGGAGUGCAGUGUUUGUCUGCAACCAGCAGGGGCGCCGUGGCUUCAGUCUCCACUCAAAAGAAAGGCGGCGCUAGCUACGGGGUGUCCAAACUUCUCACGUCAGAACUUUUAAUGUCUUCCGUUAUUUUAUUAUGUUUUAUGUAUUAAAGCUGCACUUAAAAGAAACAAUAUUUUAAUACGAUAAGAUCCAAUCUUGUAAAAGUAAAAGGAAAAGAAUAAAUUUGAGUAAAUGUUGGAUAGACUUCUUAAAAUUACAAACAUUUUCUUGUAACUUUACGAUGUUUUCCCUCUUUAGAAUUCCAAUUUUAUUUACUCCAAAAACAAAAACAUGCUGCUACGAGAAUAAUGUUUUGAUAUUACGAGAAGAAAAACGUUUAUUUUUUGUCAAAUAGAUACUUUUUUAACAAAAAAUUGCCACUAUAAGAAUAUAACAACAAAGUGUUGUUUUUUUCAGUCAUAUUAUUUAUUAUAAUAUUUGAUUUAUAAGUAUUGCUAUGCAACACUAAUUUGGCCCUAGUGUGUGAUUGGGAGUGUGAAUGUUGUCUGUCUAUCUGUGUUGACCCUGCGAUGAGGUGGCUACUUGUCCAGGGUGUACUCCGCCUUCCACCCGAAUGCAGCUGAGAUAGGCUCCAGCGACCCCAAAGCGGAAGAAAAUGGAUGGAUGGAUGUAAUGUUCUAUAUUUUUAAUGGAACAUUUAAAAUGUUGGUGUUGUUCAAUUGAGACCCAUCACAGUGCUUCAUACACUUAUCUCUUAUGUUUCACUGCCAUCUGCUGGUCAUAAUUAUCAUUACACCAUGUACCAAAUAAAAUAGCUUUGAGGUGGUUAAGCUCAACCAGACGUCUUCCUUACAUUAGGCGCACCGGGUUAUAAUGCGCACUGUCGAGUUUUGAGGGAAGAAAAAGGCUUUUAAGUCUGGAAAAUACGGGAACUUAAUGUCAAGCUUGAUGGAUUUUGAGCCCCUUCGUGGUUUUAUUAGGCCGUAAAACUGCCAAGAAGGUGCUUUGACAGAUAGUGCCUCUCCCCCUAUAAGGGAAGGUCUUACCCGUAAAGCGGUAGAAAAUGGAUGGAUGGAUGUCUUAUUCUCAUAAAAUUAUGAUACAAAAACGUGGAAAAUAAAUAUUUUUCUUUAUAAAUACAAAUUUGAUAUUUUUUACUCCUAUUUUUUCCUGGUAUCAACGUUUUUUUCUUGUAAUAUUACCACGAUUUUCAAUAAUAUUCUUGCUUCAUAACGUUUUUCUCCUAACAGUACUUUUUUUUUUUUUAUUAAAAAAAUUAAACUUUUCUUUUCCGACAAAACAACGUUAUUCUUGAAAAGAAAAAAAUCUUCAUGUUUUCUCCAUUUUUGACGCUUCUUGUGGGUGGGUUAAAAAAAACGUUUUUUCCUUGUGAUAAUUAAAGUUAAAGUACCAGUGAUUGUCACACAAUAGUACUUUUUUAAGUGUUAUUCUUGCAGAAUGUAAUUUUUUUGCUUGUAUUUGAUAUUUUUUAUUCCCAUGUUUCCCGGGAUAAACGUUUUUUUCUUAUAAUAUUACGACUUUUAUUUUUAACCAUAUUCUUGCAACAUAACGUUUUUUUUUCUCCUAACAGUACAACCUUUUUUCUCCUUUUUAAUCAAAAAAAAGGAAACUUUUCUUUUCUGUUAAAACUAUUUUAUUCUUGAAAAUAAAAAUAAAAAUCCUCAUGUUUUCUCCAUUUUAAAACGCUUCUUUGGUGGGUGAAAAAAAGUUUAUUCCUUGUGAUAAUUAAAGUUAACUUUAAGUUAAAGUACAAAUAAUUGUCACACAAUAGUACUUUUUUGAGUAUUAUUCUUGUAGUAUUAAAAUUUUUUGCUUGUAUUUUUUAAUCCAUCCAUUCAUCCAUUUUUAAUUAAUUGUAUUUUUUGGGGGGAAUUUCAAGCUUAUACUUGCUACUUUGAUACACAGCAGCAAGAAAGGAUCAUAAAAUGGAUCUUAUUGUUAGGAAGCAUGAUUGAUGGAUAAAAGUUUGGACACCCCUUGAGCUACAAUCACAUUUGAUACACUUUGGCAUGGAAACAGGAGUUCAGAACUCUGCCACUUGUCCAGUCUCACCAGUGUGAGAACGUGUAGGUUUCUAUUUCACAGAAGGGUUUUAACGUGCCAGUCGCCGUCUCCUCGCGUCUGGCUUUGUGGUUCCAUGUUUGACUCGACUGGUUCCGUUAGUGACUGGCGAGGAAAAAAAAAAAGUGACGUUUGUCGUCCUUGGCGUAUUCCUACCGACUUGUCUUACUUAGUCUCACCUUCACGAGCAGACAUCCAGUUGUGGUGCAGAAGUUGAAAAGCACUUGCCUUACCUGUCACUCACUUUUGUUGAUCUAUGCUUUUUAGGCAGCACAAAAAUUCCACCAGUAUUGUUGGUUUGUUAAAAAAAGAAGAAUGAAUGAAAAAGUGUUUUGUAUGUUUGCUUUGAUUACAGCUUGGAAACAACA